CGCGUCGGUGCCGCACCGCCGCAGGCUACCUGGCCACCCGGGACGGAGUUUCCACCCUGAAGGAUUCUUAUUACUCUGUUUCAUCUCGUUUUCCUGCAGAAGCAACAGAGAGGCAACUUGUGAAACUUUGAAAACCAUGUUUCCAAGUUGCUGAUGGAAUAAACCGACUCGUGGAGACAAGUGGAUUUUACGCACCGAGCUCCGAGCGCACAGAGCCGACUUUCCCUCUUUUUUUUUGGACAUUUUGUUCACAUUUAAAGGUGAUUUCUUUGCUUUUUCCUCGCGUUUUCAUGGACAACUUGGACUCUUUUUCUUCCACCGACUUUUUCCCCAAUGUGACUCUCAUGAUGCCACUUUUUCUGGAGAGCAGUCGGGAAGAGACUAGGCUGUUAAAAAUGUUCCAGGGUCGUUAAAUUUUUUGGAACGUGACCGCCGGAGAUGGACUUUCUCCGUAAUGAUUGUGGGAGUUCAGGUUGUUUUAUUCAUUAGCAGGCUGGAAGGUGCAGAAUGAAAGUUUUCAGACAUGGACUCUAAAAGCUAGAAACUCUAUUUAUUGUUUUUGAGUCACUAAAGUUUGUUUUUUUUAUAUUUAUUUCACGCAUGGCAUCUACAGUGAGACACAUGUGGCUCCUCAUGCUGCUGCUGCUGGUCCUCCAGGGUCCUGGUCUCACAUCAGGAGCCUCCAAAGACCUGGUUUGUGAGCCCAUCACCGUGCCCAUGUGCAGGGGCAUCGGCUACAACUUGACCUACAUGCCCAACCAGUUCAACCACGACACCCAGGAGGAGGUGGGGCUGGAGGUGCACCAGUUCUGGCCCCUGGUCCGGAUCCGCUGCUCCCCGGACCUGCUCUUCUUCCUCUGCAGCAUGUACACCCCCAUCUGCCUGCCGGACUACAGGAAGCCGUUGCCCCCCUGCCGCUCUGUGUGUGAACGGGCCAAACGUGGCUGCUCCCCCCUCAUGAGUCAGUACGGCUUUGAGUGGCCCGAGAGGAUGAGCUGCGAGGAGCUUCCCCAGCUGGGAGACGAGACCCUGUGCAUGGACCAGAACAGCAGCGAGACCACCACAAUGGCGCCCCCGUUCCCUAAACCCACCCCUAAAGGCAGGACCAGACCGCCCGCCCCUCCUCCGUGCGACAGGGAGUGCCGCUGCAGAGAUCCCCUGGUUCCCAUCAAGAGGGAGUCCCACCCUCUGUACGGCCGGGUCCAGACCGGCCCCCUGCCCAACUGCGCCCAGCCCUGCCACCAGCCCUACUUCUCGCCCGACGAACGCGCCUUCACCAGCUUCUGGGUGGGGCUGUGGUCGGUGCUGUGCUUCAUCUCCACCCUGACCACCGUGGCCACCUUCCUCAUCGACAUGGAGCGCUUCAAGUACCCAGAGAGGCCCAUCAUCUUCCUGGCCGCCUGCUACCUCUUCGUCUCGUUGGGGUACAUCAUCCGCCUGGUGGCCGGUCAUGAGCGGGUGGCUUGUGGUUCCAGCAGCAUUGGAGGCGACCAGCUGCACAUCCUCUACGACACCACCGGCCCGGCUCUCUGCACCCUCGUCUUCUUACUGGUGUACUUCUUCGGCAUGGCCAGCUCCAUCUGGUGGGUGGUUCUGUCCUUCACGUGGUUCCUGGCUGCAGGGAUGAAGUGGGGCAGCGAGGCCAUCGCCGGAUACUCGCAGUAUUUCCACCUGGCCGCCUGGCUCAUCCCAAGUGUCAAGUCCAUCGUGGUUCUAGCCCUCAGCUCUGUGGACGGGGACCCUGUGGCUGGGAUCUGCUAUGUGGGGAACCAGAGUUUGGAGAACUUGAGGGGAUUCGUACUCGCACCUCUCGUGGUUUACCUCUUCACCGGCUCGCUUUUCUUACUCGCCGGCUUCGUUUCUCUGUUCCGCAUCAGGAGCAUCAUCAAGCAAGGCGGUACCAAGACGGACAAACUGGAGCGGCUGAUGAUCCGCAUCGGGCUCUUCACUGUGCUGUACACUGUCCCCGCCACCAUCAUGGUCGCCUGCCUCGUCUACGAGCAGCACUACCGGCCCGGCUGGGAGCGAGACUUGGCUUGUUCCUGCCCAUCCGAGCGCCAGCGGUCGGGCCUGGGUCCAGACUACGCCGUGUUCAUGCUCAAAUACUUCAUGUGCUUAGUGGUGGGCAUCACCUCUGGAGUCUGGAUUUGGUCCGGAAAGACCCUGGAGUCCUGGAGGAGGUUUGUGGCUCGAUGCUGCCCCUGCUGGCCGCAGAAAGCCACAGCUCCACCCUCCAUGUACAGCGAGGCCAGCUCAGCUUUAACUGGACACACAGGAACCGGGCUCACGUCAGGGAUCUACCACAAAGCUGCUCCCUCUCAUAUAUGAAGCAACGUUUUACGACAUUCACACGGUCUCUCUCAACUUUCCAAACACGAAGACUUUGUGCAUCAUUGUACUCUGAAUAUCACAAACACAACGGACCAAAACAUUCAGAGCAUAAAAAGGGAAAAAUUAAACAAACUGCGUAAUUUGAAUGUAAACUAAAGCAAAAUCCAAUAUGGACUCUUGUGGAAACUGCUUUUCUUCACAGUAACCGUUGACCAAAUCAGAUGUUCACUGAAUUUUUCCAGAGCUUUCCAGUCCAACAUGCUUCUUUCUGUCCGUUUAUCCUGAGCACCGAGAGAGAAAAAAACAUAUUUAUUUAUGUAUAUACUGUACAUAAUUGCUGUAAAAAGAAAAGAAAAUGUGUGAUAUGUUUAGUUUAUAACCAGCCAACGCCACAAGCUCAGUGUAAGACACCAGAGAGACAAAUCUGAUUUGAACUGUAUAAAGUUGUGCAUAAAUGUGCUGCUGUGUGUUUGAGUUGUGUGUUUUGUAUGAUUGCAAACUGAGGAAUUAUCUUUGUGUUUGGUUUCUGCAGACUAAAUGAAUUUAUUCAGUGUUUUUAUUGGGUUCUUAGAUGAACUCUCAGCUCGAUUGAGUCACUAAAGGAAAGUUUUGUGUUGUAAACUAACAGACGGCUGCAGGAUGGAACUGACUGGUCUUUAGCCCCCUCUGCUGGUCAACAGUGGAGCUGCUCACUGGAUCUUCUCAAACCUGGACCUCUACCACAUCAACGUCAGACCACAGACCCCCUGAUUUGUACCAGAAUUGCCCUAAAAAUAUUGCUAGUGACAGAGAAAAUCAAUUUUGUGCAUUUAAAAAACAUAUUUCUGAUUUUAUAGUUCUGUUGAUUUUAUUUCCAAGACCUCUAAGAGGUCCCUGAACCUCACUUUGAGACAUCUUUUUCUAUUAACUUCAUGCCAGAACAGACAAAAAUGUUCAGGUCACAGAUUUGGUGAACAAUUAUUCAUUUCUGAAAUGACAAAACAACUGCCAACAGUUUUUAUAGCAGAAUUGUUGGACAAAAGGUUAAGUACAGCUUUUAGCUUCUCUAAGGAAACAAUUUGUGGUGUUUUUGUUCUUUUUUAAUACUGUAAAAUAAAUAUUUUUGCAGUUUUAGAUUGAAAACAGACUGGAAGACAUCACCUUGAGCUCUGCAAUAAUCUAAUUUGGAUUUCCACCAUUUUCUGACAUUUUAGACCAAACAAAUCCUUCCGAUGCGUUGAUUUGAAGCCUGAAUGUAAUGUUGAAUAUUACAGUUGAGGACAUUUGUAGAGCUGCAACAAGUAAUUUCCUAUUAUUGGUUAAUCUUUUGAUUAGUUUUAUUGAUUACUGGAUCACUCGUUUGGUCUUUAAAUAUCAAAAAAAUGGUGCAAAAUGUCUGAAUAUAACAUUCUAAGAAGUCCACAGCCCAAACAUAUUCAAUUUGCUGUCAGAGGAGUAAAGAAACAAGAACAUUUUUAAUUUUAAGAGGCUGAAAUCUUUUUCCCCCCCCAUUCAAAACGCCUCAAAAUAGUCAAUCCACUAUUGAAACGGUUGCAGAUUAACAUAUUUGACAACUAGUUGACCAAUCGUUGCAUCUAUGGAAAUUUGUAGAUAAACAAUGAAACCAUUUAAGAUUUAACAGGAAGAAAAUUGAAUACUUCCUGGUACUAGCCUCUCAAAUAUGACAAUUUCAUGUUUUGUCUGCUUUUUAAUUCAAAAUGUUUGGACUGAAUAAGCAUUUUGAAAUGUCUACAUUGAAGACUGUCGUGGUUUUUUUGUUUUAUGUCAAUUACGCCAUUGGAUGAACUUUUGAGAGAGUAUGCUUUCAUUACAAUCGACUGUAUUCACACUAUUUAAAAAUCCAACAUUUAGAUAUGUAAAAACAAAUCUCUUCUUAGGGGUUGAAUGUGGAUCUUCUGUUUUUAGGGGCCUCACAACUAAAACUCAUAAACCUCCUCCUCCUUUCAGAGGUCAGUGUUUCUGUUGGGAGUUCAAGUGUAUGAAUCAAUCUGAUAUAGAAAAAGAAACAAAAGCAGGGUCAGUUCAAACAGACAGGACUGGUGCAUUAAAUGAAUGAGGUAAAGUGAAGCUCAUUGAAGCCUUUUGUUUUCUGCUUUCUGCCUUCCUCCUGUGAUGUUUGCUGAGAUGUUCCUUCAGUGUUGUUGGCCCGUUGUGCCGUUUAGACUACUGUGCUUCCACACGCUAGACCAGAUUUCUAAUUUAUUAGUCUGAUGUGAGAGUGAACGCGGCCGUGUGAGUGGUGAAUUCCAGCAAGUGUUGGUGAAAACUGACAUUUAGGUUCAUUUGUGUACGUCUGCUUUCAUGUUGAUAGGCUUCCUCAGAGGAUAUUAAACAAUAUUGUAGAUUUUGAUUCAUAUUGUGAAAUUAAAACUGAAUGGUUCUUUGA